AUGGCUCCUGAUUCCACAUAUAACUUUAUGACAAAUAGUUUACCUUCACGAAAAUUAUAUGAUAAAUUAACUCAUGGAAUUCAAUCUGUGUCUAAUACAGUCGGCCUCUGCGUUGCCUAUGGUGAUAAUUCUUUAUCUAAAUACCCUCAAAUUAAGGAUUUCUGUUCAAAAUUACAAAAUUAUUUAAAGAAUGAAUACAGAUACAGGGAACAAUAUACUAUCAAAUAUGAGUUCUGCAAUUUAUUGAGUUACUGGCUGUAUGGACAGUUAGUAAAUAUGUGUAAUGAAAACAAAUGUGAUCCUAAAAUUAUUUAUAAAAAAAUUAGCCGUAUAUUUUCUACGUCUUUUCAUUAUAUUCAAAGUGUAUACAAUUUUUACAAUUGUGAAUUAGAUCCUUAUAUAAAUUCACACGAUGAUUGGGAAAAGAGAAAGAAAUUAUAUGAUUACUGCCAGGACUGUGAAACGAUUAAGGAAAUGUACCAAAAUAAUAAAGAAUAUUGCGAACGAUAUAAUAUCUACCUUCUUGAUAUAAUCAAACUAUAUGAUGAUUUUAAGACAUCUUGUACCUAUAGAAGCGGAACUGAAUGCCCAGUAACUUAUGACAAAUUUUAUAAAUGCACUCCCGAAAAAUUACUACAAUAUUAUAGCUGCCAAGCAGAAGAGGUAGAAGAAGAUGAAGAUCCAACAGCAGACACAUAUAAAGAAGACAGUCAAACAGAAUUUUCAUCACCUGAACAAAAUAUUCCUAUAAAUGAACAAAAUAAUAUUUUAAGUUCUAGACUUAAAGCGAUAUCAUCUGAUGAACGCAAUUUAAUGAAUUAUAAUAACAAUUCUCUAAAAAUAUUUGGUAAUAUCCUUCUAGGAGUAAUUGUCACUUCGUUACUUGUGGGUGCUUUAUAUAAAGUAAAUACGUUUACAGCCAUAGGUAAUCAGCUACGAAAUACCAUUGUAUAUAGAAAAAAUAAAACAAAUCAUCUAAAUAAAGAAAGAAAUAAAUUACUUAAUGAUACAUCAGAAUAUCUUAACCCUUAUUAUGAAGAUAUGCAAAAUUAUUAUGUAUGGUACAGCACUGCGUAA